AUGGGAUCUUCCUUUCGUUCCCCUCCAAUCCACCGAGCCGAGGGUCUGCCCUAUUUCACUCCCGCCAACAAUGCUGGAGCAGCUAAAAAUCCACAGGACCCCAACAUCCCAACGUUGUUUCGCCCUUUACAGAUUCGAGAUGUAAGACUUAAGAAUCGCGUGAUUGUGGCACCGAUGUGCAUGUACUCCGCCGAGUCAGACCCAGCCUCUCCGGCCGUGGGCGCGCUCACGGACUUUCACAUUGCACACCUCGGUCAUUUAGCCGCGAAGGGUGUUGGUCUAAUUCUCAUCGAAGCCACAUCAGUUCAGCCAAAUGGUCGUAUUUCGCCCAAUGAUUCUGGCCUUUGGCAAGAUGGGACAGACUCUGAACAGUUCAAGGCACUCCGCCGCGUGGUGAAUUUUGCUCAUAGCCAAGGGGCCAAAGUCGGCAUCCAACUUGCUCACGCCGGUCGAAAAGCUAGCACGGUAUCGCCCUGGCUAGCAUCUCAGGCAAAGCAACGCGGUAUCAAAGCCGAUGAAAGUGUUGGUGGCUGGCCAUUAAAUGUGGUUGGCCCUUCUGGCGGGGAACAGCAAAUUUGGGCAUCUGGCGAUCAAUACUGGCCCCCUCGCGAGCUUGAAACCGCCGAGGUUGAGGAACUUGUUCGGGCUUUUGCACGAAGUGCAGAGCUCGCGGCAAAAGCAGGAGUGGAUGUAAUUGAGAUCCAUGGUGCCCAUGGAUAUCUGCUUCAUCAAUUCCUCAGCCCUGUUACCAAUCGACGAACCGACAAAUAUGGUGGCAGCUUUGAGAACCGAACUCGGGUCUUACGCGAGGUUGCUGCUGCAAUCCGUGCUGUCAUCCCAAGUGGAAUGCCCUUGUUUCUUCGUAUUAGUGCCACAGAUUGGCUCGAAAACCAAACUGUCGCAGCGGAAACUGGAAGUUGGGACAUACCAUCCUCAAUCCAACUUGCCAAAAUGUUGCCAGACCUGGGAAUUGACUUUUUGGAUGUCAGUUCGGGCGGAAAUCACAAAAAUCAACGGAUUGAGCCUCAUACAAACUAUCAGAUUGACCUCGCGGGUCAAAUUCGUCAAGAAAUCCACGCCGCUAACCAAACGACACUGGUCGGGGCUGUUGGCUUUAUUACCGAGGCUGAGUCUGCUCGGGAUAUUGUUCAGGGUGCAGAAGAAGAGGCGCAGGCAACCGAGACAAUGCUGUCUGGCCCAAAUCCUCAAGCUGAUGCAGUUUUAAUGGCCCGUCAAUUUCUGCGCGAACCCGAAUGGGUGCUCACGGCGGCCAAGAAACUGGGUGUGAAGAUAUCUCUCCCAUGGCAAUUUGCUCGAGGCUUGUUGUAA